AUGGCCGAUAAGAUGGAUAUGUCUCUAGACGACAUCAUCAAGCAGAACAGGCAGCAGAGAGGGGGCGCAGGAGGCCGUGGUGGUGGAAGAGGCCGUGGCCGGGGAGGCUCUGGCGGGGGCCGAGGUGGUGGUGUUGGCCGUGGAGCUGCCGGUGGAGGCUUUGGAGGCCGAGGUGGAGGAUCGGGCCCCAUGAGGAACCGACCGAACCUGAGCCGUGGCAGAGCAAGACCUACGCCAUACAGCAGGGUAUGAGAAAGUUAGAGGAAUGAGCUGAGAAAAAGGAAAACGCCUGGUAACCUGAAAAUGCCUGGGUGACGUCCUCUAAUCUUCAGGCUUGCUAGCUGCCCCAAUGCAAUGGCUAGCUUGCUAGUCGAGAGGCAUUUAGCUAGCUAACCGAGUUUCUCUCGAAUUAACGAAGGGAAACCCUUUAAAUUGCGGUUGAUAUGGAAAUAUAAUGAAUAACGUGUCCUUGUCCACCCCAACCAAUGUAUGUCACCACUUUUUGAGAAGAAGCUUUUGGAGCAGGUUAGCUAGUUACUAACUAGCUAUAUUGCUAACUCUGGAUUAGCUGCUAACCUACAAGGCCCAGACGGCGCCAUUUUGAAUUCAGCAUCUUCAAUCAAUGAAAUAUUUAUUUCAUGGUCUGUCGCUGUAUCCUUCAUCCCAGAAAGUCCCUUGUUGGAUCACCGAACGGCACUGCAUCGAAGAAUAUCGUUGCAUUUGGAUGAUUUUUGUAGCAGAGGCAGCUUUUUGGGAGUUUCAUCCUGCGCUCCUAUCUGGUGGAGUCCUUUGUUUGGGAGUGGCUGGCGGGUUAACGCAAUCCCCUUUGAGCGGCACCACCAUAUCAACAAAGAAUGGUGUCCUUUAUGGAUGGAGCAGUUGACUUUUGCCCUCUUAUUACAUAGUUUUAUCUUCACAUUUCUACUAAUGUGUUACUAGUCACAACAACCCAAUCAAAAUGGCGUGGUUUCAAAAUGGACGCUCAGAUGGUUGCCAUCCAUGUUCAGGCCAGGUAGUUGGCCUAUUAUGCUAGUUGUCUCUUUCAGAAAAUGGACACUUAACCCAUCAAAGCCAACUCAUGGCUUUUAAAGAACAAUUUAAGCAAAUAACCACACUGCUGGAGUCGACACUGAUGCAAAGAACAACUACAGCGCCAUAUGGAUGGAUUACUUUCUUCAGCAUACUACUCUCGCUGGGGAUGGCCGCCUGGAGAGCCUUUGGUGGAGGCGCAGAUGGCAAGAGCACAGUGGGCAACAUUGUCAGCCUAGUUAUCCAGUAAGGGGGUGGGAGCAGAGUGCAGAUGGUAGCGAUUAAAUGUUGUGUACUGUUUUAAUUGUUUGCAGUUAAAUGUUAAUCAAAAUAGCCUCAACAGACGUCAAUGCAUACAUUUCUUCACAUUAUUCUCUUAUUGGGAAUGUUUCAUUUGUUACAAGUAGGGCCCAUUUAGUUUGAGCUAAAUGCUUUAUGACCUGAUAGCUUGGUCUAGUGGCUAGACUUGAUAUGUUGCCAUGUGUCCUGUUUCUGCACUGGUUUACUUGUUUGUAGUAAUGGGGUGGGCAGGGAAUGCUGGGAAUCUCCAUGGUGGGUAGCUGUGUGCCAACCACCAGGCCCUGUUGGCUGUGUAGUCCCUGGUCUCCCCAGCACCCACCCAGCUGUGUGGACCAGUCUCUGUGAUUGGCAGAGACAGGGGAGCCUGAAGUCAGCAGGUGCAUUCUCUUUCAUCUGUUGCAGCCCAAGCAGCUUCCUGAUAAAUGGCAACACGACAUGUACAGCAAUCAUGGCUUCAAUGCCAGUGCUGGGGGCGGCGGGGGUGGCGCUGGUGUGGAAACCGGAGGGAAGCUUCUUGUCUCCAAUCUCGACUUUGGCGUUUCAGACGCAGAUAUUCAGGUACAUCUUAUUUUCAUUUUGACUUGUUGAGUCUUUAGAAAUUGCUUAUUUGCCUUGGCUUAGCAUUUCCAAAAUUGCACUUGAAAUCAAUCACAAUACAUGGUUUAUGUUCUCUCAUUGCAGGAGCUCUUUGCGGAGUUUGGUACACUGAAGAAGGCAGCUGUUCACUACGACCGGUCGGGCAGGAGCUUAGGCACGGCAGACGUCCACUUUGAGAGGAAGGCAGAUGCUCUGAAAGCUAUGAAACAGUACAACGGUGUACCACUUGAUGGUAGGUUUCUCAAGUGGCUUUGACAGUUGCCAAAAAUACCAGCCACACACUGAAGUAAAUUAGCAUGUCAUUUGUACCUUGCUGAAACCGUCAACUGUUUGGUGCUGCUGAGUUUUCUUUCACCAUGCUGACACUGUAUCAAGUAUUCAAGUUGCUGAAGGCUAAAACUAACCUGAAUACUUUUUCUCUUGCAGGACGUCCCAUGAACAUACAACUUGUCACAUCACAGAUCGACACACAAAGACGACCACCCAUGCAGGGGUAAGUGUUAAGAUUUAACUGUUCCAAAACAACCUGAGCCAAAUGAUAAGUAUCAUGAAUGGAAAGUGCUAAUGUUCAGAUGUUCAACAGUAUGAACCGAGGAGGUGGUGGCAUGAACAGGGGUCGUGGCGGUGUGUUCAGAGGGAUGCAGAGAGGACGUGGAGCAGGUCGUGGUGGAGGAGGCAGGGGCCGAGGUGGCCGCGGGGGAAGCACCAAGCCACUUUCCGCUGAAGAGCUGGAUGCCCAGCUAGAUGCCUACAAUGCCAGG